UUGGUAUUCUUAGUAGCAGGCAGCAGCUACUUUUCGUAUGAUUUUAGUGUAAUGGCGUUUUCUUCUGCUCCAAUUCCACCAUAUUCGCCAUCAAAUUCUUUGCUAAGUUCCAAAUCAUUCAAUCCGCUGCUUGCAUUGUCCCGCUCUUUGAAGCCUCCAACAUAUUUCGUGCAUUCAAAAUCUAGGCGGGGGAGGCUGAGUGUGGCAGCCACCGUCACUCUAGAUUCCAAAAAUGGCUCUCUCAAAGUUGACGAAACAGCCGAUCAAGCUGCCAAUCCCUAUGGCAGACAGUACUUCCCAUUGGCCGCUGUCGUUGGCCAGGAUGCCAUCAAGACUGCUCUUCUGCUUGGGGCUACAGACCGUGAGGUUGGAGGAAUAGCCAUAUCUGGAAAGCGGGGAACCGCAAAAACUGUAAUGGCACGUGGUUUGCAUGCAAUUCUUCCUCCUAUUGAGGUUGUUGUCGGAUCAUUCGCAAAUGCUGACCCAGCAUGCCCAGAUGAGUGGGAAGAUGGGCUUUCAGAUAAGUUAGAGCGUGAUUCUGCUGGUAAUAUAAAGACCCAAAUUGUCAAGUCACCUUUUGUCCAGAUUCCACUUGGUGUUACAGAGGAUAGACUGUUAGGAUCUGUUGAUGUUGAGGAGUCUGUGAAAUCUGGAACAACAGUUUUCCAGCCGGGGCUUCUUGCAGAGGCUCAUAGGGGAGUAUUGUAUGUUGAUGAGAUAAAUCUUUUGGACGAAGGAAUAAGCAAUUUGCUUCUCAAUGUAUUGACAGAGGGGGUCAAUAUUGUAGAGAGGGAAGGCAUAAGUUUUAGACACCCAUGCAAACCACUUCUCAUUGCUACUUAUAAUCCUGAAGAGGGAGCUGUCAGGGAACAUCUAUUGGAUCGAAUUGCGAUAAAUUUGAGUGCAGAUCUUCCUAUGAGUUUUGACGAUCGUGUUGCUGCUGUUGAAAUCGCCACAGAGUUUCAAGAAAAAAGUGGUGAAGUUAUUAAAAUGGUUGAGGAAGAGAUGGACAUGGCAAAGACACAGAUAAUUUUGGCACGGGAGUACUUGAAGGAUGUGAGCAUAAGCAGAGAUCAAGUAAAAUACCUUGUCAUGGAAGCCCUCCGAGGUGGUUGCCAGGGGCACAGAGCUGAGUUAUAUGCUGCACGAGUCGCCAGGUGUCUAGCUGCUCUAGAGGGCCGAGAGAAAGUCAACGUGGAUGACCUGAAAAAGGCUGUAGAAUUGGUUAUCCUUCCACGUUCAAGCAUUAAUGAGACUCCCCCCGACCCGCAAAACCAGCAACCUCCUCCACCCCCUCCACCACAAAAUCAGGAUGCUGGAGAAGAGCAAAAUGAAGAGGAAGAUAAAGAUGAAAAGGAUGAGAAUGACGAGGAGAAAGAUGAAGAGAACGAGCAGCAACAGGACCAAAUACCUGAAGAGUUCAUCUUUGAUGCUGAAGGAGGUUUAGUGGACGAGAAACUUCUAUUCUUUGCCCAACAGGCACAGAGACGAAAAGGGAAGGCUGGAAGAGCAAAGAACGUUAUCUUUUCUGAGGAUCGAGGUCGUUAUAUUAAGCCUAUGCUUCCGAAGGGUCCUGUAAAGAGGUUGGCUGUUGAUGCAACACUAAGAGCAGCUGCACCUUAUCAAAAGUUGCGGAGAGAGAAGGAUCUCCAGAAGACAAGAAAAGUUUUUGUAGAAAAAACAGACAUGCGUGCUAAAAGAAUGGCUCGAAAAGCAGGAGCCCUGGUCAUAUUUGUUGUUGAUGCAAGUGGAAGUAUGGCACUAAACAGAAUGCAAAAUGCUAAAGGUGCAGCACUUAAACUACUAGCCGAGAGUUAUACGAGCAGAGACCAGGUCUCCAUCAUACCAUUCCGUGGAGAUUCCGCAGAAGUUCUGCUGCCUCCUUCCAGGUCAAUUUCCAUGGCAAGGAAACGUCUAGAGAGACUUCCAUGUGGUGGGGGCUCCCCUCUUGCCCAUGGUCUUACCACGGCUGUUAGAGUUGGGAUGAACGCAGAGAAGAGUGGUGAUGUUGGGCGCAUAAUGAUUGUUGCGAUAACAGAUGGAAGAGCCAACAUAUCACUAAAAAGAUCUACUGAUCUAGAAGCUGCUGCUGAUCUGCCUAAACCCACCGCUCAAGAAUUGAAGGAUGAAAUUCUUGAGGUCGCUGGGAAAAUAUUUAAAGCAGGGAUGUCGCUUCUAGUUAUUGACACAGAGAAUAAGUUUGUUUCGACAGGUUUUGCCAAAGAGAUCGCACGAGUGGCACAAGGAAAAUACUACUACCUCCCUAAUGCUUCAGAUGCUGUAAUCUCAGCAACUACAAAGGAUGCUUUGUCAGCUUUGAAAAACUCAUAAAAUAAAUGAAACAUGCUGAGCAUUUUGUUCAAUUUUGCACUUUCGAUGUUCUUUUUGUGUAAAGAAAUGUAAUUUAUACAAGCAAAAACUUGUAGUAUAUUUUAUUAUGGUGACAGUAGAAUAUAUAUUCUUUGUUUC